AUGUCAACGAUGACGCUUUUGAGAGUUCUUGCAACUACAUUUCUCCUUGUUUCACUCGUUGUGAUCAAUUCACCAACGUUCGCAGUCGGUCACACGAACCAGAUCAGUGGCAACAACCCCUUUGGGUUCGUCCAUCAACUGAAAGGUGCGCGCAGAGGCCAAUCCAUUGAAGGGCUCCGUGACGUGAAACAGUACCUCCAGAAAUUCGGCUACUACCUCAACGAUGAUAACAAGGACACCUACGCCAACGUAGACCAAAACGACGACGACGACGAAUUCGAUGAGUUCCUGGAGGCUGCAAUCAAGCGAUACCAACGAACUUAUCGCAUCCCUGUCUCGGGAGCCUUGGACCAUGCCACGACGUCCCAAAUGAUGAUCCCUAGGUGCGGCGUUUCAGACCAUGGUGUUAUUUUGGCCCUAAGACGAUUUGGUGAUGAUAGAUUCUUCCCUGGCAAACCCAAGUGGAACAAGAACCACCUUCGAUAUAAGUUCGGACCCAAGAGCCGCCCUCCCGCCGGGUUGAAGGAAGCCACCAUCAAGGCGGCCGUCGAUAAGGCGUUCCAGAGCUGGAAGAAUGUAACAAAUUUCACGUUCGAGUAUGUUGCCAGCAGGACCGCUGAGGCUGAAGUAGAGAUUUCAUUUUAUUCUCGAGACCACGGAGACAAUCCUCCAUUCGAUGGGCCUAAUGGGACUUUGGCCCAUGCGUUUGCUCCCCGUGCUGGACUUAUCCAUUAUGACGCAGAUGAGAAAUGGAGCGAUGACCCAAGCCCAAUGGAAGUAGAUCUGGAAUCUCUUGGACUGCAUGAGAUUGGACAUGCAUUAGGGCUUCUUCACAGCUACUAUUAUGCAGCGGUCAUGUACCCUUACUUUGGACCCGGGCAAGUUAAGCGGGAAUUACAGAGGAUCGAGAUCGAGGCCAUCCGUGACCUCUACAACUUGCCUUCAAAGUAA